CAAUUUUUUAACAUGGUAUCAGAGCAAGGUUAACAACCUAGUAUUUUCGCUUUACCAGCGGGCGACAGCCUCGCCUUGGCCGCCCGCCGGACCUCUACACAUACCUUCUCUCCCGCUGUUUUGAUUCGGAGUUAGCAGAAGCAUCACAUCUACAACACACAUCCCAGUGGUUUAGUUCACAGCCUAUAUUGCCAUUCCAGUCUCUCAGUUUCUCCUAUCUUAAAACUCUCUUUCAUACAAGCAAAAAUGAAGCUUGUUUUUGCAGCUUUGCUUAUUGUUUCACUGGUUCUGAGCUCCUCCUUCCAAGCCACCAUGACCCAGGCUACCCCCCCAAGUGGUUAUCCCUGCGAUUCCAAGUGCACAGACAGGUGCUCCAAGGCAGGAGAAAAGAAAUGUUGCCUGACAGACUGCGGGAUCUGCUGCAAGAAGUGCAAAUGUGUUCCGUCAGGGACUUUCGGAAACCAGUUAGACUGCCCUUGUUACAGAGCACACGAAAUCUACGCCUCAAACCUGUGGAGAGUGGAACACCCUGGCCGCAUGGGUCGCACGUGCGGAGUCUCGUGCGGGAAGCUACUGGGGCACGUCCAUGUCAGCGUUAACCUCGACGGCCCGGCGUCGCGAGCCACCGUGUUUCAGCAUGGGUGGAUGAAGCUCGAGAGUGAACAGGAGAAGCCGACGGCUCGGCUGCAUUUGACGGUUCGGUCUGAACCGGACCCGAGGUUUGUGUUCCAGUUCGGUGGCGAACCGGAGUGUAGUCCGGUGGUUUUCCAGAUUCAGAGGAACAUCCGGCAGCCGGUUUUCAGCUGCAAGUUUAGCGCCGACCGAAACGCUAGAUCACAAUACCUCCCAUUGGAUUUCACUGUCAACCAUAAUAGAGGAUGGAUGAGAACAUUUUCUGGUGAAAGAGAGAAACCGGGAAAGGAGCCACCACACAAAUAACUAGACUUUCUCACUCUUACUUUUCGUGGUCUAUCCCCUAGACCCCUUUUCAUUAUCUCCCUAAUUCUUUUACUUUCCCACCAACCCUCUCUCUACACAGACAAUAGUCAUCACCCACAUGAUCUCCUUUCUUUUCUUUUCUUUAUUUUCCACUUUCUUUUAUUUUACUAUAUCUCUCUCCAUAUAUAUGUUUAUUAUAAUUUAAUACCCAGACUCUGUCUACUUUUGCACCAACCCAUUUUCUUUUCUUCUUUUCUUUCUUUAUUUAUUUCUUUCUUUUCAUAUUACAUCUCUACCCGUAUCCAUCAUC